UGUCCGUUCGCAGUGACUCUGUCGCACCGACACAGCAACGAGCCGGAGACGUGAAGAGGACCAGGCCGGCGCCGCGUCACUGAGGCUGCUUGUGUUGCUCUCUCAGCGUCCGGCAGGAACGACCUGAUGCGUUCACGGACCUCCUGAUCGCGCCACAUAAUUGCUUCUGAGAACAGAGACACUGAUUUGUGUUUCGGUCGAGGUGUCUACUUACAAAAACCGAGGCUCUUGUUGGAGGGACUCUGAUCUGGAGGGUUGGAGCUGACAUUUGGACCCACUCUGCUCUGGGACCCCCUUUUUUAUAUUCUUUAAUCAGCUUGAUUUUUGUGUGUGUGUGUUGACUCUUAACCAUUUCUGGAUCCCUAGCAUCUCCUAUCUUUUUUUUUUUUUUUACCUCUCAAGCCAAUGUGCAGCAGGAUGGUCCAUCUGUCUGCACUUCCUGUGGUUUCCCUCCGCCGCUGUGCUCCAGCAGCUGCUUUAUGAUUGUUUGUCGAGCUGCACCGCGCGUUGUGUCUCUCAUGCCUUGCUCAACGGCACCACUAUGAUAGGCUUACCUGACGUGGUGGCGUUCACUAAAGAGGACGAGUAUGGGCGGACGACUCCGGACCCCUGGGCUCUCCCCGAGGAGUUCUCAGUCCCUCUCCAUCCUCUGGUGGACUCAAACCCCUGGGCCAAGACCUCCUACGCCAAGUUCACCAAAGACUUCAUCCUCAUCUCUGAGUUCUCGGAGCAGGUGGGCCCUCAGCCUCUCCUCACCUUCCCCGACGAGCCCAAAGUCUGCGGCACCUUCGAUCUCAACUACUUCUCCCUGCGCAUCAUGUCGGUGGACUACCAGGCAUCUUUCGUGGGACACCCACCGGGCAGCGGCUACCCGAGGCUCAGCUUCGUGGAGGACUCGAGGGUGGUGCUGGGCGACUCCAAGGAGGGGGCGUUCGCCUACGUCCACCACCUCACGCUCUACGACCUGGAGGCGAGGGGCUUUGUGCGGCCCUUCUGCAUGGCCUACGUGUCGGCGGACGAGAGGAAAAUCAUGCUGCAGUUUCGGGAGCUGUCGCUCCGCUUCUCGCAGGCCUCCGAGUGCCUGAAGGCCGGGAACCGGAGAGCGUUUGCCAAGGAACUCCAGAGGAAGCUGCGAGACCUGGAGUACACCCACUCCGUGCUGCAGCGGGAGGAGGGCCUGCAGAGGGAGGCGGGGCCUCAGUGCAUGUACUCCGCUCACGCCGUGGAGAAGGCCAACGAGCUCGCCAACGUGGAAAAGAGCAUCUACGAGCACCGAGACCUGCUGAGGCAGAUCUGCUCCUACCACCACCGGCCACGCCGGGACCCUCACGCCGUCACCUGCCACAAGUGCAUCGCCGAGUGCUUGAGCGAGUGCGAGCAGCUGUUCGACAAAUACGCCAAGCUCGCCAACCCCUUCAGCUACACCAGCGAGAGGGAGGACGGGCGGGUUGACGGCGAGGGAGGAGGAGGGGACGAGGGCGGGAAGCGCCGGCCGUCCUACACGCCACAGCUGAUCAAAGCCAAGUCGGCCAAGUGCUUCGACAAGCGGCUGAAGACCCUGACGGAGCUGUGCGACGCCACUUUCUACGACGCCACCGUGGAGCUCCUGAAGGAGACGGAGAGGAGUUUCCGCGGCGACUUGUGUUACCUGCACACGCGCCGCCUGGACAAGGCCCUGCGCAGGAAGCAGAGAAUGACCAACUUCCUGUUCGAGGAGGACCUCGGAGAUGACGACGAGGACGAAGGGGGGACGCUGAGACCGUUCUGUGCCGUGAACCAUGCCGUGGAUAACUUCACACUCUUGAGUCCGCCUCCGAUUGUGCUGGUACCAGAACCUCGGGAUCCUCUAGAGCGUGAUGCUCUGGAGCCUCCAGACCCUCGAGACCCCAGCCCCACUCUGGAGACCGGGCGUGGGCUUGUGGAGAGCCAGUUGGAGUCGUCCCCCUCAGACCAGACUCUGGGGACCCAGGGGAGCUCGGAGGAAACCAAAGGGAGCUUCAGCAGCGGGGCGGGUCUAGCAGAGAGGCAACAGAACCUGGCUUGUAUGAAGUCAGAAGCUCCUGAUCCUGAUUCUGACUUGACCCCGGACCACAACACUGACCCGGAGAGGGAGAGCAGCAGUGAAGAGGUAGAGACCACCGCCGGGGAGGACGAGGGAGACGGGACGCCGGUGUCCUUGCUGGAGGUGGCGUCUGAGCUGGAGGCCAGCAGAGAGGACGACGGGGCGUCCAAUGGGGCGUGUGAGAUGCAGUCCGACCUGCUGGUUCCGUUGGACACGGCGUGCUGCAUGGCCCAAGAGGGGUUCCUUUACGAGGCCUCGGCCCCCGAGGCGGCGCCUCGUCCCGGCCAAAGCUCCCACCUGCAGCCCUGUCGACCACCGGUGGUCAACCAGGAGCCCCAGGCCCUGCUCCAUCUCCAGGACGACUACACGGUGGGGUCCCCGUCCUCGGCCGGACUGCAGCUGCCCGUGGGGGGGGGGCUCCUCGGGGACCCGGAUUCCCGAACCUCGGCGGGCGACGGGUUCGACUGUACCAUGAGCGCGUCGGCGGGGUCCGACCGGGCCGCUUCGCCUCUGGGCUACGGGGGCGUGGUGACCCUGCGUCAGAGGAAGAAGGCCGGACAGGGAGCCCUGAGGUUCGUCCGGCAGUACCCGUUUGCCGUGCAGGCGCUGUGGUGCCUGCUGAGCGGCCGGACCCUGGUGGUGCUCGGGGCCGACGAGAGGACGGUCCGCCGGCUGGUCGCCGCCCUGGCCCUCUUCGUGCCUGGUCCGGGGAAGUGUGGGGAGAAGGUUCAAGCCUGGCUGUCCUGCCCCUUCACCCUGACGGACCUGCAGAGGUGGAAACUCGUUGGAUUGCAAAGCACCGGCCUGUGCCGGUCUGUCUCUCCCAGAGUGGCGUCCCCGGUGGGCUCCAGCAUGCUGUACUCGCUCUCCCGAUACAGUCGCUACAUCUCCAUCCUGGAUGCCGACCAGAAGACCCUGCGCUGUCCGUCGUAUCGGGGCCAACUCCUCGCCAAAAUAGCCGACCACCGCACCUACAUCCGCCGCGGCUCCACCUUCUUCCUUCACCUGCAGAGCACGCUCUGUCACCUGGCGGCCAAGGCCUUCCUGUUGACCUUCACCCACCACCUCCACCUGCCGGUCAGCUCCACGGAAGGGCCCGAGGGGGUGGAGGGCAGACGCCUCUGCUUCCUGCAGGAGCAGCUGGGGCUGGGCGAAGAGGACAGCCACAUCCUGCUCUACCUCAGCCAGCUCAUCACUCGGCAGUACCUGCAGCCGGCCACCGGGGGCAGAGCGGCGGCGACGACUUGUUUUAGUUUUAACUACACCACCAGCGUUUUAUACAAAAUCUGAUAUCGCGUUGGGGCGAGGAUUACCCGCACGCGUCGGGGCAAGAGUCAUCUUUGACCCGGGGUUUUUAACGGACCAAAGGUGAUCCUAAAAAGGUCCACGAACGUUUCAGUUUCAGGACAAACUUCUGCACUGGUUAUUGUUUUAUCUGUGUGAUCUCUCUCUCUGCCUUGCUGUCUUCUUCUCCGGUCUUUCUCUUUUCACUCUGCGUGCAGGGAAGAAAGAGUCCGAGUGAGUUGUGAAUGUCACUGAGCGGUUCACUUUGACGGUAUUCAGUCCAGAGCACGUUGACACUCUCGAGGACACAAAACGGAGCAGACGAAGGUUGCGUCUACUUAUUGUCCGAUGAGUCAUUUGUGUGUGUCGCUUGUUUUAAGGUCAGUCUCCAUCCCUCUCCUCACCACACACACACACACACACACUUUCAAUCCAAUAUGGCUGUCUGUGUGCUGCUCUGACCUCAGCCAGCUCGCUAAGAGGUCAGAUCAUAGCUCUGUGUUCACACCUACUAAUCACUGAGUCUGUAACGCUAUGAUAUCAUCUCGGUUCUGUCCAAACAUGUUUUUCAACCGGCUCGCAUAUGCUGACAUUAUCUGCCUGUGGAGAACAGACGCCUCUCCGAAUCUAUCCGUGAAACCUGCUUAGCGCUGCGCAGGCUUGUUACAGCUGGUUUUGUGACAUGUCUCUCUCUCUCUCUCUCUCUCUCUCCCUCUCUCCCUCUCUCUCUCUGAGAUCUAUCACUUCUAAAGGCCAACACCUUUUUUUCUUUUAAUAUUCCUUUUGUGAAUCAAAAUGUAACCCACAUUCCCGCAGUAAUCUCUUGUCACGUCGUCUGAUUGUAGAUUUGACUUUUGAGAGCGUGAAGUAAACGUCCCAGCUAUCAGGUCGCGAUGCAUGAGGAAGUGUGUUUGCCGUGUGAAUUAUAGAUCCGGUCCCCCCCCCCCCCCCCCGCGUGAUAUUUGCAUGUCCAGAAAUAACGUCACAGCGAUGCAUACUCACCCGUGUUGGGCCAGCGGCAGCCACAACCUGUCACUAUAAUGUGCUGGCGAGCAUUCUCAUGGAUUUUACUCACACAAUCAACAUUUUAAAAGCUACCUAACCUAAAUGUAUUGAAUUCACUGUUGUCUUAAAGUCGUGUGAGGGCGUUGUGCUGUCAGCAUGAGACUGUCUUGUGCCGGGGUGAAUCGCCUUUGUGGUAAUAUUUCUGUUUCGUGUAUUUGAGUGAACUGACUCGGAGAAGAUGCUGAACAGUGAUGUUGUGUUUGUGAAGAUGUUAUUUGGGGGGGGGGAUACUUUCCUGUGCCAUCAAGAGUAAAACUCUAAGCUUCACGCUUGGAUUAGGACAGUAACCUAUUGGGGUUUUUUUCUGAACAACCCUUGCUGGAAGUGUUAUUUGAACAAUAUUUAUUUAGGACAAGUUGACCAUCAUGCUGAGAUGUCCUCUUUGGAGGAUGUUGGAUAAUUUCCCAGUUGGGUUAAAAAAAAUGUCUGUCUCAUGGGCCAGUGAAACGACGAUGAACAAUCGUAUUUUAGAUUUUACUGUUCCGACUUGUGUGGCGUCGGUGAUGGAGCUGUAGUUCUGUACUGAAUGGUAACUGUACUUGUGACUGCAUGGUCAGAGUUUUAAUGUGAAAGGUCAAACUAUGUCGACCAUGGCUUCCUGCUAUGAACAGGGCACUUAUUUUUUUUAAAUGGCAUACACUUUUAACAAACAGCAACGUCACAUUUUGUAUUAUACCUGAUGUAUUAUUUCAGUUAUUUAUUUGAUGCCACAGGUUGUCUUUUUUUUUUACUUUCUUUUUUUAUUCUGUAUCCCUCUAAUGCAAAAAGGUGAAUGUAAUCCGAAUAAGCCAUACCACAGUGUGCUUAACACGUCGUCACGCAGUGUCCUUACGUUGCCAUAUCACGCCCCCCGUCGUGGAGUCGCUCACAUCGCCCCCGUGAGGCGUCGCUGUUGCCAGUGAUUUUAAAGAAGCUCGUUGUGAAUGUAUUGAUGCUUUUUAUGUAAAUGUUGAUGAAAUUCAUUUAUUCCAUUAAAUUAUUUGAAUCCA